GCCUUCCACCUAUUCGGAUUAGGGCUGUAGAGCAAUAGUGCAGCCUCACAGCUUGCUACUGCACGCACAACAUGGCUGCCUCCGCCUUCAGAUCAUUCCUUCGAUCUUCUUCUAUUAGCACCGCGGCACGAGAGGUUCGCGCCGCCUUUUCGGAGACGAUAGGCUCUCGCCCUCCUCUCUGCCUCCGCAAAAUGAGGCCAGCUUCCCGUCGCAUGUUAAGGUCCCCGGCUUUGUUGAGUUGCUGUGUCGAGUCGUUUCUACCAAUGCACAAUGCUACUUCUGCGGCGUUGAUGACUUCAAUGCUGUCUGUGUCCAUGAAAGGCUAUGGUUGGCUUUCGGAAGGACAAGAUGAUAUUUGACGAAGAUGGCAGUGAUGAUGUAUGAAGAAGAUCCCGUGGAUACAAGCAAGGUCCCAGAUAAGACUGCAUUAUUAGAAGAGUGAUUUAACAUAGUAGACAAAAAAGCAGGGCUUUUGAACUCGCUGGCUAAGAUGUUUGAGUGACAUUAAUUUUUCUUCAUUCAUUUCGUAAUUUUGAGCUUGUAAAAAGCCUUCAUUAUCUAGAUGUUAAAAAUAUAGAAGUUACUGUGAUGCUUUUACACGCUUCUUUUUUAUCGAACAAGUACAUCUGUGGUUUGUUUUCAGAAUCGUUAAAUUGGUUACAAAAAUGUGAAUCAGUUUAGUUUGAUUUUGACUACCA